CAUCAUGUGCCACGGGUUUCUAAAAUCGCUGCGUCAUCCUCACGGCACUGUAGAAAGAUAAGCAGCAAACAAUUUCAAUUGAUCCCUCGAAGAACUAGUGUGUAGUAUAAAUAGUCCAUCGUCCCACAGAAGAAAAUCCAGUACACAACCAACCGAUCGGAAGUUACCAUGGCAUUGGCACACAUUGUGCUUGGAGUGGCCUUACUGGCCGCUUUCGGCGAGUGUGCUAAAAUUUUGGGAGUCAUUCCGACCGGUGGCAGGUCGCAUCACUUCGUUGGGGCGUCCUACAUGAAGAUCCUAGCCGAAGCCGGGCAUGACGUCACUGUGAUUUCCGCCUUUCCGGAGAAAAAUCCACCGCAAAACUAUCGAAACAUUGAACUAACUGGUGUGGUGGAGGCCAUGUUCGAUUCUAUGGGUAGUCCAUUCCAAUUCAAAGAUGCUUUCCCACUGAUCACUCUAUUUAUGAUUUAUACUAUUUUCGGAAAGUUCACCAGUGAGUACACUUUGAACCAUCCGAACGUUCAACAGUUGCUGCAUUCUGGCGAAACUUUCGAUGUCGUGAUAGUGGAGACUUUUAUGACGGAAGCCAUCUACGGUAUGGCGCAGCACUUUAAUGCCUCCUUAAUCACGUAUUCACCGUUCGGAAGCUCACUCUGGACGGCCGAGCUCACUGGGACACCGACACCGACGUCAUACAUACCGAGUUUUGCCAUGAGUUAUGACGAUAAGAUGACAUUCUGGGAACGAUUCUGGAAUACGGUCAUCUACUGGUGGGACAAUGUUUUAUACCGAUCCUACUAUUUACCGAAGCAGAAACAAGUAUAUGAAAAGGCGUUUCCGAAUGCAAGUAUUUCGUUGGAAAGGCAGAUGAAGAGUGUUUCGUUGGUGUUGCUGAACGAUCACUUUACCCUGGGAUCACCGAGACCGAACGCACCGAACAUGGUCGAAGUCGGUGGUGUUCAAAUUGAGAAGGUGAAACCGUUGCCAAAGGAUCUACAAAAGUUUCUUGACGAAGCUACCGACGGCGCCAUCUACUUUAGCAUGGGAUCAUAUCUGAAGUCGGCGGAACUACCGGUUGAGAAACGAGAUGCUUUCAUCAGAGCAUUUUCCCGACUGAAACAACGUGUCAUCUGGAAGUUUGAAGACGAAUCGAUCCCAAACCAACCGAGCAAUCUGUUGAUUAAACCAUGGAUGCCUCAAAAUGACAUUCUGGCUCAUCCAAACGUCAAGCUUUUCAUCACACACGGUGGUCUACUGGGAACGACGGAAGCCCUGUACCAUGGAAAGCCAAUAGUAGGGAUUCCAAUCUUCGGCGAUCAGAUGAUGAACGUCCGGAGAGCUGUACGCACAGGAUACGGUGUAAUGCUGGACCUAAACGACGCUACGGAGGAAAGUGUGCUGAAUGCGAUCGAAACGGUUUUGAACGGUUCAUCUUACAGCGAAACAGCCCGUGCAAUUUCCCGGCGUUAUCACGAUAAACCGGCGACUGCGAAAGAAACCGCUUUGUACUGGAUAGAGUACGUGAUAAGGCACCAGGGAGCGCAACAUCUUCGUUCGCCGGCUGUAGAUCUCUCAGUAGUGGAAUACCAUCUGUUCGAUGUGUACCAAACAAUAGCAGUACUCAUUUGUGUGAUAGUAUUUAUAAAUUAUCAGUUAAUAAGAUUUGUUUACCUAAGAGCUCGUAGGCCUAGGCCGAAUGCAAAUAAAAAAAUAAAUUAAAAUA